AAAAAAAAAAAAAAGCAACGGUUUUGAUAAAACCAAAACCAAAACCAAAAACAAUCUUCAUUUGGUUUUCUCUCGUUCCUUUCCUCUCCAUCGUCAGAUCAUCUUUCAUUCAUUCCCCCAAAUAAAAACAAGUACUACUAACCAUCUCCACCAUUCCCUUCCUCUCGCGCCAAAUACAAAAAAAAAAAAAAACCAUUUUCUUCUUCCUUUCUUUUAUCCCCCUCAGUGAUCUAGGUUUUUCGGGGACAUGGCGGAUGGUAUGGCGGCGGCGCCAACGAGCCCAGCUGGAGGGAGUCAUGAGAGUGGUGGAGAGCAAAGCAGUUCUCACUCAAAUGUGAGGGAACAAGACCGUUACCUUCCAAUUGCUAAUAUAAGUAGAAUCAUGAAGAAAGCAUUGCCUCCUAAUGGGAAAAUUGCUAAGGACGCUAAAGAUACUGUUCAGGAAUGUGUUUCUGAGUUCAUCAGCUUCAUUACUAGCGAGGCUAGCGAUAAAUGUCAGAAAGAGAAGAGGAAGACGAUUAAUGGAGAUGAUUUGUUGUGGUCGAUGGCAACAUUAGGGUUUGAAGACUAUAUUGAGCCACUUAAAAUAUACCUGGCCAGGUACAGGGAGUUGGAGGGUGACACCAAGGGAUCUGCCAGGGGCAGUGAUGGGUCUCUUAAAAGAGAUGCAGUUGGAGCUCUGGCUGCCCAAAAUCCACAGUUUGCAAUCCAGGGGUCAUUGAACUAUAUUAAUUCCCAAUAUUUGCAGAAAGCUUCUUCAUUGUAGUGGCAAUGAAAUAGUUCAGAGCGCAACGAAUGAUUCGUGUGUUGAGGCACAAGGACAGCAUAUGAUCGUUCCCUCCAUGCAAGGUAAUGAGUAGCCGAUCCUAGCUUCCUCUUCCAAUUUUAUGAGUAUUAGGGCUGGUUAAAUUGUUUAGUUCAACACUAAAGGAUCUUUAAUGUGGAUUAAUCUUUAUUUAUGCAAAGCUACAUAAGUUGGGGAUU